AUGCACCUACGGAAGGAUCUCGCAAGCAUCGGUGCGCGGGCACCCGGCCUACAAUGGAGGGACGCAGCCUCGGAACCUCGGGACCAGGACAAGCAGCGUGCCAUCACAUUCAUCGUCGCAGGUGUCAUAAUAGGUAUAAUCGCCGUUGUCUUUCUCGUCAUCAUGAUCCGCGUCAUCCGUGUACGCCACCCGGAGCCCAAGUACAUACCGACUCCCUUCCUAAAGCGCCUAUGGAGGAAUUGGAACGUCCUUGGCACAAAGGGCCGCUAUCAACCCCAAGGAGACGAGGACGCCAUGGAGGCGGCGCUGGACUCGACAAGGUCGAACAUGCGGGAGCGGAACCCAGGGGGCGAGAAUCGGGCCUCGGGGCCACCACCCAGUAGAAGUGGAUCGGCUGCUGUCGACCGCAACACGAGUGUGCGGUCCGUCAUGACCCUUCCGGCGUACAACCCGAGGGCGUCGCACGAGGAACGGGUCAUCGGCCGCGAGGGCGAGCGCGACGGCAUCGACAUCGUCGUCGAGAUGCCCACCGCCGAGGACGAGGAGAGCAUGCGCGACGAGGAGAUGGAGGCCAUGUACCAGAUCCGGCUGGCCCGCCGCCGGCAGCUCGCCGAGAGGCAGGAGCGCCGGGAGCAGAGGCGCGACGCCCGGGCGCGCGGCGACACGGCCACCCUCGAGGGGAUCCGCGACCAGGCCAGGAGCGCCGCCACGACCAACACGGCCGAGAUCGCGGAGCUGCGGGCCGAGCACACGCGCGCGCGCGGCCGCAGGGAGCGCGCCGUCAGCAGCGUGAGCUACCACGACCUGGGCGUGGCGCGCCACGACGGCACGCGCAUCCGGGCCACCAGCACCGAGAGCGAGAGGGUCGGCCUGCUGAGCGACGCCGCGAGCAUGGCGCAGGAGCGCACGGAGCGCAGGAGCUCGGGCCUGAGCCUGCAGACGACGCGCAGCUCCCACGACGAGACCCUCGGGCCCGAGGCGGCGGCGGCGGCGAUGGCGACGACCACGACGACCACGGCGACGACGGCGAGGUCGAGGGCCGGCUCCGGCGCGAACACGCCCCGGGUCUCUACCAGCGCCGCCCCCCGCCGCGCCAGCCUGGCCGGCUCGAGCCCGGAGAUCAUCGAUGCCGCCGAGGCGGACCUGGGCGGCGCGGACAUCCCCCCGCACUCGCCGCCGGGGUACGACGAGGUCUCCCUCGACGACCUGACGCCCGCGCACUCGCGGACGGCCAGCCCGUACCCCGAGCCGCCUCCGGACUACCCCGGUCCCACCGAGGCCAGGAACCAGAGGCUGUCGGCCCACGUCGCGGACCUGGUGGCCGAGACCGCGCCCGAGGAGCAGCAGCAGCAGCAGCAGCAGCAGCCGGAAGGGGGCUCGCACUCGCGUCGGGCCUCGGGCAUUGUCCCUCGCCUGCCGAGCUUGCGGCUCAACACGCUGCCGCAGAUCGUCGUCGAGCCGUCGAGCGCUCACCCCAGAGACUGA